AUGUACCUAGAACCACUCGACGCAGCGCUCUCACCUACCCUCACCCAUCGUCCACCGUCAUUCAUCCACGCUCACCCCACCAAAUCUACGCCCAGAUCACCUACCCCAACACAGCUCCCUCCCCCUUCUCCCAGACUCACGACGAGCACGGCGCUGAGCGCAACUAUCAAGAUGACAGCCGCGGUGCAGCUUCCACCGCUCUGUCCUAUGGGCCCUAUAAGGCUACCGCCGACUGAAGGGAUCUACAACGCAAUUUCUACUCCAGUUCAUUUAGGAUGGUGGGACUGA